UGCAUACGAAAAGAACUAAAUUUCCAUUUAUUUGUGAUUUGCUGGAAGUUGAUUUGCUAACUUUACACGAAUCAAAGUUCCUCGGUGCUGUCCGUAACGUUUCGCCGUGUUCCGUUCCCCCUACCAUUCAGUCUGAUUCAGUAUCCGUUCGAGUUUAAUUUGAGCGUAUCCUGAAUGUGCCAACUUUGUGUGCCGAUCGCAAUAGGGAAAUAUAAUUGGUUUCUCUGCGGAUGAGCAUGGCCGUUAUAGUGAUUCAAGAAGCAUACUGAGAAAGAAGUAGCAUUUCUGCUUUUGGACGUUUCUAAUAAUGGAUAUUCCACGGACACCUAUGGAUAACCUACUCAACAUGCUAUCAGGAUUUAGUCCGGACCAUGAAAAAGCUUUCAAACAAGGAUUUUACAAUGCAGUAGCAAUUUUUCUUUUGUGCUUAGGAUUAAGUGCUGGUUAUGGUCUUUACAUAAUUCUCAGUCCAUUUGUAAAACCGCUUAUCUGGGCUCUGCUAUGCGGUUCAGUUCUUUUUCCAUUCAAGCUCUCUAUUACAAGUAUUGUACAGUCAUGGUUCACUGCUGCAGAAAUGUCCAACAAGCCUCUCAUAGUUAAUUUGACAAUGAUUCCUAUUCGAAUUGUUGAUGAACUCUCUGAUGUUAUUGGCUCUUUCUUGGUAAAACAUCUUAAGUACAUUGCAGUCAUUCUAGUUGUUGCUGGAACGGUGCUAAUUGCAUACAACUAUACUCCUAACAUCUUAACGUGUCUAGCAUGGAGGAUUUUUAAAGUUGUUAAUGCAGUCUUAAACUUCUUCAUAUCAACCUGCAACGUCUUCACGCUCGUCGCUGUAGUUGCUGGAUAUCUCUCUCUACUGUACAUUUACUGGACUCUGGAAAACUCUGCAAGAUUUCGCUACAGCUCUUUUGUAGUGUGGUUCAUUGUCAGCCUUUAUAUAUCGAACAUCCUAGGAGCAUACCAAGUUGUAGUCUUCCUCACGUUACAAUUAUUGUACCUGAUAGGAUUUGUCUAUGAAGUCAUACUCAUCUUGGAGCAUCAAGAACUGGAUGGACAUCAAACAUCAUUUAUGGAAGCUGCCCGUUAUGCAUUAACAAACAACAUCGUAACGACUAACGAAGUCGACGCAUCAGUCACGCAAGAGGAUGAUGCUUUUGUUGAAGAGAAAUCAAUUGGUUCGCCUAAGAAUCUUUUGCUAAGUGGACAACAUCCAACUACAUCGAAGGAGAAAUCUGAAAAUAAUACUACACUGAAGUUCAAUAAAGAAUCAAUUUCAUCAAAUGCAGAUGUAAGAAAGUCUUCCAUGGGAUCUGAUAGUAGAGAAUCGCAAUUAUUAGAAAAUAUGCGACCAAUAGUAAAAGCACGUGAGCGUUAUUUUAUUAGAAAACUGAGGACUGAAUUUCGAAUGUCUUUGGACAUAGAGGACGACAAAGUGGAUACCGACAAGUACAUGUACGGAGCAACGUAUGCCUGUGUCGGAAUGUUACUUUGGAAACACAGAUGGAUAAUACACAUGUUGUCCAUACCAAUAAUUUAUUAUAUAGUCAAGCAAAUUGGAUGUUACUUUGGCUUUUGGAAAACAAUUCGGACACAAUGUCAAUCACUUGUGGAUGUUAUUAGGCUCUGGUGUAAGGAAAGGCACCAGGCACUCAUUCCUGUAAACGUUAGAGGAUUAUAUAAAGUAUGCAUGAUUGUCGAUCGGAAAAUCACAAUAGGCCUGAAAGGAUCUGUAGACGCCGUAGCCACGAUUACAGUGAUUCUCGGAUUGUUAGUGUUCGUCACCUGCGCUUCUAUCUUCAUCACGAUUCAGGUCUAUGCCGAAGGUAUGCAUCUUGUUCAAGUUACCGGUGAUGUACUGAAUGCUUCUCUAGUGAACAACCCAGACAUAGAUUGGGUACCAGAACAAUGGGAGGAUUCUGUCAACAGCGUAUUGGAUAACGCUUAUACAUAUGGACGUUCCGCAAUAUCAGAUGGUAUAAGAGGACUUGUCAAAGACUUAGAACCUACCAAGGCUGAGCAGAUGGAGAAAAAGGUUUUGGAACUAUGGGAUAGACUUUAUCAGGCUUGGAUGAUGUCCAACGACUCUCCGGACAUGGUUGGGCCCACGGUGGAUGCAGAUGCAGCCUAUUCCGUAUGGGAGAGCUUUAAGGAGAACUUUGAUAAGACUCCCGUCCAGUUGUUUAAUAUGACGAGUAUCCAAAACUUUGCCAAGGAGAAUGUUGGUAUUUUAAUGUCUUUGUUGGAUUCAGUUUGGAGCAUAGUCAAGGGAAACAUUUCGGUGAUUCUGAGUAUUAUUACUGAAUUGUUAUACGUUGUACUUAUGAGUGGCUCUGCUGUUCUCAAUUUCUCGCUCAGCAUGGUUGUAUUUUUUACUACCCUCUUUUAUCUGCUCAACGCUAGUGGAAAGACUUACAAACCGAUUGAAUUAAUCACCAUGUUCAGUCCCGUAGGCUGUUACAGUACACUCAGCGUUGGCGGAUUCGCCAUGGCUCUUCAAGAAGCAGUCAUAGGCGUUUUCGCGGCGACGUUCAAACUCGCAUCUUUCUUUGGGAUGUGGACAUGGUUCACGCACAAUCUCUUUCAAGUGAAGAUCGUUUACUUACCCUCAGCAUUUGCCAUGAUGCUCGGCGCUGUACCAUUUUUGGAUGCUUAUUUCGCCUGCAUCCCAGCCGCUCUGGAACUCUGGUUUACACGAGGACCAAUGAUAGCUGUGCUGUUUUUCAUGUUUCACUUUCUUCCCUGCAAUAUUGUCGUGACAGAAUUUUAUAAGGGAAUCAAGGGGGGAGGACAUCCCUACCUGACUGCCUUGUCGAUAGGCGGCGGUAUUUUUUGCCUGGGUGUCGAGGGUGCAAUUUUGGGUCCACUGCUUCUGUGCUGCAUCAUGGUGGUCAUCAAUUUGAGUCGACGUUACUUGCAGUCACCUUCGGAGGAUACUAUAAAAAGCCUGAAGAACCAGCUGAGUGAAUUAAAAAGAAAUAAAGUGCUAGCUUCUUAGGAUAGCCUAUCAAAGCAUACUAUUAAUUUACCUCCUAUUCUUGUUCCUUAUUGACAAAUUAAUUUUGCUAUGUGCGUCUUGUCAGAUGAUCAACCGGAAAGAAUCAGUAUACGAAUACAUUUUUUUGUGUGAAAACAAAUGCUUUGAAAUAUAAACAAGCUUGAGAAGCUUUCCAGUUAUACUAUUACACCACGAAGAGUGAAAUGAUGUUAUUAAAGAUUUUGUUGAUGUAUUCGAAUAGUACGUUUUUCCAAUAAUGCUAUAAUACGAAUGUUAUUGUUAUACCAAUGAUUAACGUCCGCGAGAGAAGUGGAGUUACUGCUAGACUUAAACAUAAUUGCGAAGACCUGAAGGCUAAUGCGCUCUCCAUAUUUUCUUAUGCUUUUUCAUUUAUUUCUUAACCGUACUUUGAACUGUUCACUAUUGAAAAAAUUUCGCUGUGCGAUGAAUCUCAUCACUUGUGUCAAUGAACAGAUUAUUUAUAAUAAAUUUAUAAUAAUAUUCA